ACGUCAUUGUAGCUUGUUUGUACCAGGGUUAGAGAGUGAGUGGAGACUGACGGGCCUGGGUCCCCGACACCUGCGCGCUUUUUUCCCUCCCUUCCCCUCCGUCCACUGUAAAGCAGGACCAUGUCUACCCCAGCCAGGAGGCGGCUUAUGAGGGACUUUAAGAGAUUACAGGAAGACCCUCCAGUGGGAGUCAGCGGAGCCCCAUCUGAAAACAAUAUCAUGGUUUGGAAUGCGGUUAUAUUUGGACCUGAAGGGACACCAUUUGAAGAUGGUACAUUUAAACUUGUUAUAGAAUUUUCAGAAGAGUACCCAAAUAAACCUCCAACUGUUAGAUUUGUAUCAAAAAUGUUCCAUCCAAAUGUUUAUGCUGAUGGUAGCAUAUGCUUAGAUAUCCUUCAGAAUCGUUGGAGUCCAACGUAUGAUGUCUCUUCUAUAUUAACUUCAAUCCAGUCUCUUCUUGAUGAACCAAAUCCAAAUAGUCCUGCCAACAGUCAAGCAGCACAGCUUUAUCAGGAAAACAAACGUGAAUAUGAAAAAAGGGUAUCUGCAAUUGUGGAGCAAAGUUGGAACGAUUCCUAAUAGAUCUUUUGCGUGGCAUUACUUCAUCUUUUGUGCAAUUUUUACUUCAUAAAAGACAAAGGAGGCUUCUGCAGAUUUUAAGUGCCACAGGUUUUAAGGAUUUACAUAAAAAAAAUUGUUGGCAGACUUUUUUUUUUUUUUUUUUUUUUUCAUUUGCUCCCAGUUUUGGGAAAUUUCAAAGCUUGCGUAUCUCUGCUAAUGUACUUUUUACUGCAUGGUUAUGCAUGGUCUGAAAUAAGUUAUUGUAGCAUUUGUAAUAUAUCCUGUUUGUAUUUUUUUUUUUUUCUCUCAAUGUAUAAUUUUGGUGUGGAGUUUUCAUGAAAAAAUACACACGUUUUUGUAAAUCUGUA